AGUGCACACCGCCCGACGAAGCGCAUGCGCGCCCGCGCACUGCCUGCCGGGAGUUGUAGUUUCGGCUCGGCGGACCCGGCGAGUCCAGUGGCCGCGCUCCGGUGCAGCGGCGCUCGAGGCCCGAGGCGGAAGUGGGGCGGCCAAGCAGGGAGGCGAGGGCUCGGGAUCGACGGCUGCGGAGCGCCGACGAGGGUUGCAGGACUCAGGAAGGGCGCGUGCGCGGCGACAGGGCCCGGGGAAGGAGGCAGGGCAAGGCCGGGCUUGGGGGCAGGUGGUUCGGGCAUCCAGCCUGGAAGAUGCACAAGAGGAAAGGACCCCCGGGACCCCCGGGCAGAGGCGCCGCGGCCGCCCGCCAGCUGGGCCUGCUGGUUGACCUCUCCCCAGAUGGCCUGAUGAUCCCUGAGGACAGAGUUAACGAUGAAGAACUGGAGGCCGAGUUCUUGGCUUUGGUCGGGGGCCAGCCCCCAGCUCUGGAGAAGCUCAAAGGCAAAGGUCCCCUGCCGAUGGAGGCCAUUGAGAAGAUGGCCAGCCUGUGCAUGAAGGACCCAGAUGAGGAUGAGGAGGAGGGCACGGAUGAGGAUGACUUGGAGGCCGAUGAUGACCUGCUGGCAGAGCUAAAUGAGGUCCUUGGAGAGGAGCAGAAGGCUUCAGAGACGCCACCUCCUGUGGCCCAGCCAAAGCCUGAGGCCCCCCAUCCGGGGCUGGAGGCCACCUUGCAGGAGAGGCUGGCGCUCUAUCAGACAGCAAUUGAAAGCGCCAGGCAAGCUGGAGACAGCGCCAAGAUGCGGCGCUAUGACCGGGGGCUUAAAACACUGGAAAACCUGCUGGCCUCUGUCCGGAAGGGCAAUGCCAUUGACGAAGCAGACAUCCCGCCGCCAGUGGCCAUAGGAAAAGGCCCGGCGUCCACGCCUAGCUGCAGCCCUGCACCCACCCAGCCGGCCCCUGGAAUCGCGUCAGCCCCGGAGCCCAGGGUCACCCUGGAGGGACCUUCUCCCACUGCCCCAGCCUCAUCUCCAGGCUUGGCUAAGCCCCAGAUGCCCCCAGGUCCCUGCAGCCCUGGCCCUCUGGCCCAGUUGCAGAGCCGCCAGCGUGAGUACAAGCUGGCUGCCCUCCACGCCAAGCAGCAGGGAGAUACCGCUGCUGCCGCCAGACACUUCCGCGUGGCUAAGAGCUUUGAUGCUGUCUUGGAGGCCCUGAGCCGGGGGGAGCCCGUGGACCUCUCCUGCCUGCCGCCGCCACCUGACCAGCUGCCCCCAGACCCACCGUCACCACCGUCGCAGCCGCCGACUCCCGCUACGGCGCCCUCCACACCAGAGGUCCCCCCACCCCCGAGGACCCUGCUGGAGGCGCUGGAGCAGCGGAUGGAGCGGUACCAGGUGGCCGCAGCCCAGGCCAAGAGCAAGGGGGACCAGCGGAAAGCUCGAAUGCACGAGCGCAUUGUCAAGCAAUACCAAGAUGCCAUACGAGCUCACAAGGCUGGCCGAGCCGUGGAUGUCGCUGAAUUGCCCGUGCCUCCAGGCUUCCCCCCCAUCCAGGGCCUGGAGACCACCAAACCCACCCAGCAGAGUCUGGUGGGUGUCCUGGAGACUGCCAUGAAGCUGGCCAACCAGGAUGAAGGCCCAGAGGAUGAAGAGGAUGAGGUGCCUAAGAAGCAGAACAGCCCUGUGGCCCCCACAGCCCAGCCCAAAGCCCCACCCUCAAGGGCUUCCCAGUCAGGAUCAACCCCAGCAGCCAAAGCAGCCCCCAAAGCCCCGUCCACCAGAGCCCAGCAGCAGCUGGCCUUCCUAGAGGGCCGCAAGAAGCAGCUCCUGCAGGCUGCACUUCGAGCCAAGCAGAAAAACGACGUGGAGGGCGCCAAGAUGCAUCUGCGCCAGGCCAAGGGACUGGAGCCUAUGCUGGAGGCCUCGCGCAAUGGGCUGCCUGUGGAUAUCACCAAGGUGCCGCCCGCCCCUGUCAACAAGGAUGACUUUGCCCUGGUCCAGCGGCCCGGCCCAGGUCUGUCUCAGGAGGCCGCCCGGCGCUAUGGUGAACUCACCAAGCUCAUACGGCAGCAGCAUGAGAUGUGCCUGAACCACUCAAACCAAUUCACCCAGCUGGGCAACAUCACUGAAACCACCAAGUUUGAAAAGUUGGCGGAAGACUGUAAGCGGAGCAUGGACAUUCUGAAGCAAGCCUUCGCUCGGGGUCUUCCCACACCCACUGCCCGCUUUGAGCAAAGGACCUUCAGCGUCAUCAAGAUCUUCCCUGACCUCAGCAGCAACGACAUGCUCCUCUUCAUCGUGAAGGGCAUCAACUUGCCCACACCCGCAGGACUGUCCCCUGGCGAUCUGGAUGUCUUUGUUCGGUUUGACUUCCCCUAUCCCAACGUGGAAGAAGCUCAGAAAGACAAGACCAGUGUGAUCAAGAACACAGAUUCUCCUGAGUUCAAGGAGCAGUUCAAACUCUGCAUCAACCGCAGCCACCGUGGCUUCCGAAGGGCCAUCCAGACCAAGGGCAUCAAGUUCGAAGUGGUUCACAAAGGGGGGCUGUUCAAGACUGACCGGGUGCUGGGGACAGCCCAGCUGAAGCUGGAUGCACUGGAGACAGCAUGUGAGGUCCGGGAGAUCCUUGAGGUCCUGGAUGGUCGCCGGCCCACAGGGGGGCGACUGGAGGUGAUGGUUCGGAUUCGGGAGCCACUGACAGCCCAGCAGUUGGAGACAACGACGGAGAGGUGGCUGGUCAUUGACCCUGUGCCAGCAGCUGUGCCCACACAGGUUGCUGGGCCCAAAGGGAAGGCGCCUCCUGUGCCUGCCCCUGCAAGGGAGUCAGGUAACAGCUUGGCUGUUACCUCCUCCAGGAAGCCCUCCCUGACCACUAGGCAUCAUAGUUUCCUGGGUAUGCAGCCAUCGUCCCCACUAGGUUUUGGGAUCAGCAACACCGGAUCAGCCCGGCCCCUGCAUAGCCUCAGUGUGCUGGCCUUUGACCAAGAGCGCCUGGAGCGGAAGAUCCUGGCCCUCAGGCAGGCGCGGCGGCCGGUGCCCCCAGAAGUGGCCCAGCAGUACCAGGACAUCAUGCAACGCAGCCAGUGGCAGAGAGCACAGCUGGAGCAGGGGGGCGUGGGCAUCCGACGGGAAUACGCAGCCCAGCUGGAGCGGCAGCUGCAGUUCUACACGGAGGCUGCUCGGCGCCUGGGCAAUGAUGGCAGCAGGGAGGCUGCAAAGGAGGCACUCUACAGGCGAAAUCUGGUAGAGAGUGAGCUGCAGCGGCUCCGCAGGUGAGGGGCCCGUGGGGCGGGCAGCCCCCAGAAAGUGGGCAGCAGGCCCCGACACCAGGAAGAGCCGACACAGCCACGGACCAGACAAGCAGACAAUCAGCGGACAAUCGGUUCUGGACUCGCCCCUCGUCCGGGCCUCCAGCCCAGCCAGAGCCUCUGUGGCUGUGGGUGUGGGGAACGAUCCCUGCCAGCCAGUGUAUUCCCCUCACCCAGGCCUGGGUGGGCCCCAGAGAGUCCUGUUUGCACAGCCCAGGGGAGUCCGGCCUCUGGCCCACCCCGGAGCAGGGAGGGUGGCUGGGACCAAGCCCCGAGAGCCCCUGCAAGCACUUUACUUCCUGUCCCUCCCCAGCCUUAACCCCAAAGCCCUCCUGCACCCCAAAGAAGCCGCUGAGGCUGGCCGAGCCCCACUGUCUCCCCAGGGGCGUCGACCUGGCCCAGCUGGGUCCCUAGGGCCAGCACAUGGAAUAAAAUAGCCAGGGCCACACUCAG